GCGAUACCGUGUGUGCUGGGCUUUAAACUUCUCCGCUAGCAGAGGCUAAUGUGGCGCUUUGCUUUUUGGUUGUAGUUUUUAUUUUUCAGGUUUUUUUUCUUGCAGGGAUUACGUGAUCGGUAUCGGAGACAUCAUGGGGAGAGGUAAGAAAAUGUCCAAACCCGGCGACGGAAGAAGUGGGGACGCACCGGAAACCUGCCGAACCGGGGGAACCAAUGAGAACAACCCGAAAAUGAACGGGGAUCUGGGACGUGGGGGGCAGUCAAAAAUCUACUCCUAUAUGAGUCCUACUAAACCUGCCAGUUCAAGACCUCCUCUUCAGGAAGAAAACUCAGCGACGCAUUAUGAGGGCAAACAUCUGGGUAAAGCCUCUGUGGAUGUGCACAAGAAAGCGGAUGUUGAGGAAAUAAAAUCUAUUGCCACACCUGAACUGGUGAAAGCCAUAGAAGACAAACCUAAGGUGUGUAAUUCUACAGAAGCUCAUUCUGACCAGAAACAAUCAGUCCCUGAAACCCAUAAGAUAGUGUUACCUGUUGCUAACAAGACCCCGGCGCCUCACAAGAUGGUGAAGACAAAAUCUCACAGAAGGAAGGUACAAGGAACCAAAUCACCAAACAGAAAAGUUACAGAUUACUUCCCCGUCAGACGAAGCUGCAGAAAAAGCAAAAAAGAACUGGAGACUGAAGAAAAGAAGAGAAUAGAUGACCUUAUUUUAAGUGGCAAAGAAGAAGGGCUGAAGGUUGACAUAAUUGCCGGUAAAGGUAGAGGGGUCAUUGCCACUCAGAACUUCCAGCGUGGAGAAUUUGUGGUGGAAUACCAUGGAGACCUCAUAGAGACAACAGAUGCUAAAAGGCGAGAAGCGGUAUAUUCCCAGGAUUCGUCCACUGGCUGCUAUAUGUACUAUUUUCAGUAUCUGAAUAAAACCUACUGUGUUGACGCUACAAAAGAAAGCAGCCGCCUCGGGAGAUUAAUAAACCAUAGCAAAAAUGGAAAUUGCCAUACAAAGUUACAUGAUAUCAACAACGUACCUUAUCUUAUAUUGAUUGCAUCAAGGGACAUAAAGGCAGGAGAAGAAUUGUUGUACGACUAUGGAGAUCGAAGCAAGUCUUCCAUUGAAGCACAUCCAUGGCUGAAAAACUGACUAAUAUAGACUACGGGAUUUUACACCUUGCUUUUUGAAUCUGUUGUUUCCCAACCAUCCCCCCCCCCCCCUUCCCCUUCCCGUUCUACUUGUAUAUGCACAGUUAGAAGUAAUGCAGGCAUUCUUAGAGAACAAGAAUAGUUUUAUUCUGUUAUUGGCAUAGGGCAGAGUCUGUGCUUCCCGAGCAUGUAGUCAAAUGAUAUACAAUACAGUAGUCUUUGCUACGCCUACAUACUAACAAAUAAUGUUCAUGGCAAGGUCAUUUUUCUAUAAAAAAAAAAGUAGGGCUAUGGCAAGAAGCAAUCUGUUUUGUACAUAAAUGAAGAAAUAUCUCUUGCUCAAGACCGUUUAAAAGUCAUUUUUUCCACCUACUUGGUAUAUAAUGGAGUCCUAAAAUGUAUUUUGAGCAUCAUGGCUAAAGCUUGACUAUGUGCGACUUUUGUGCAUUUUUAGCUUCACAGUUGCAAAAUGAGCUCCAGCAGCGGAAAUCCUAUAAGGAACUGUACAUGAAAGGUCGCUGCUCUUCGGAUACUGUUCUGCAUCUCUCCAUCUUCAAUCAUUUUUAUGUGCUCGCCACAAGAAGCCCUUUUAAAAGAAAUGUGAAUGGCUUUAAUCGCCUGUUUUGUACUGAUUCAUAGUGACAGGUCUAUGGGAUGUGACCUUUGCCUCCUGUUAUCUCGGACUUUGGUGCUUUUGUUGGUGUUUGAAUAGCAGAUGUGGUUAAAUAAGAACACCUUUUAGUGUAAGAUUUUAACUGCCAGCAUGUAGAAUAAUGUGACCUGGCCAGAAAAGUACUAUAAGGCCUCAUGCACACAGCAGAACCGUUCUGUACUGUUGAGUGGCAUAUCGACACAUGGCACUAGUCCUCUCCCACCAGAAGCAGUGCUUCUGCGGGAAAAUACCUCUAAUAGAAUAUCCAGUGCAACACAACAAGAAUGUAUAUUUAAAUGGAAUAUGAAUUUGAACGCCUAGAGGUACAGUAUGAGGUCCAUAGACUUCGACCGAUGUCUUAGUAUGGACUCAUAAUAUGGCUUUGUGCAUGAGGCCUAUAGCUGUUAGAUUCCUAAACAUGGUCCAGAACGUCAUACAGGCUGUUAAUGUAUAAGUUUGCUAUAGUGAGAUUUUUUUUAUAUAUGCAUUGAGUGUAAAAUAUCACAUUGUAAACAGACAUUUUUAUAUUUAGCUGAAGAGGAUUCUGUGGAAUAAAUAUUUAUUGC